CUUGGUGCCCGGCGCGCCCGUCGCACAGUGAGAGCGUCAGCGGAGUCUGUCGGCGUGACGUGGCCAAAGGCGGAAGCGAUGCUGCGGCAGGACAGUAGUGAUGACACAGAAGAUGUGUCACUCUUUGAUGCCGAUGAUGAAAUGUCUAGGAGACCCAAGAAAUCUAAAAUCAAACAUCCUAUAGCUUCCUUUUUUCACCUGUUCUUCCGGGUCAGUGCACUAAUUGUCUACUUACUCUGCGAAUUGUUGAGUAGCAGCUAUAUUGCCUGUAUGGUGACAAUCAUCUUACUUCUGUCUUGCGACUUCUGGGCAGUGAAGAACAUCACAGGGAGGUUGAUGGUUGGCCUUCGCUGGUGGAACCAGAUUGAUGAGGAUGGCAAAAGCCACUGGGUUUUUGAAGCCAGGAAGACAUCUGCUCAGGGGAAGAAAGCUACAUCAGAAGCAGAGUCCAGAAUCUUCUGGUUAGGACUGAUCACUUGCCCUUUGCUCUGGGUGGUUUUUGCCUUCAGCGCUCUGUUCUCUUUCAAAGUUAAAUGGCUGGCCAUAGUGAUUAUGGGCGUGACGUUGCAAGGAGCCAAUCUUUAUGGCUACAUCCGGUGCAAAGUGGGCAGCAGGAAAAAUCUGACCAGUGUGGCAACCUCAUAUCUAGGCAGGCAGCUACUGCGGCAGACUGUAUCCAAAGAGGACCAAGCAGUAUCUUGAGGAUCCACAAAGAGUCCUGUUUCCACUUUGGUUGCUACUGAAGAAUGAGAAAUAUUUCCUUGGGCCCCUGUACAGAAGAUUUAUAAGAUGUGUGUGGAUUUUUGUAAUUAAAUAGCUUUUACAGAAAUGCUAGUUCUCAUUUCUUGUAACUUAGAUUUGCAGAGCUCUUGCUGACCCUCAACAUGCCAUUGGGACCUUUAAAAAAAGUAAAAUUUCUUCUUUUAUUACUGGUUGAUUAUGACACUCUGUUUCUUAAGUAUCUGGGUCUGUUUCAGAGAACUUUAUUGUGAAAUAUUGGACUGUCCAAAAAGUGGGUAUCUAUCUGAACAGCUCCAUGACAGAGGAUUGAGUUCUUUCUCUCCUUGCAGAAUAUUUCUCCCUGAAGAAUGUAACUUUGACUUGCAAUUUUGUAGAUUUUAUGUUAGGGGAAGAGAACUUGAAAUACAGAUGGAAAAAAUCCAUUCAGACUAUUAGUAAUAGAAUAUAGGAGAUCAGUAGGACUUGGACUUUAGUUAUUGGAACAAAAGGACUCAUAAGUCAGAAGUUCAGAUCUGUUCAAAUGGAUUAUGAGUGUGGUACUUCACUGGAAACCAUCUUCUUCAAAGCUGCAUUUUUUCCCUCUUUGUUAUGGACUGGAAUGGGAUCUCUAAACCUUAGCUUGAUCAUACCAUGGCUGAUUGGACUGUUUUUCAGAAUUAGGAUUUUCAUUAACAUUUUGUGUUUGCUGGAUGUACUUUUAUGCUCAAAUUUCAUUUUGAAUAUGAUCAAUUUGCAGAUUUCUCCCUAGUUCAUAUUGUAUUAACACUGCUUAAAAAGUUGGCAGUGCGUGAAUAGAAAAGAAAGAUUGGUUAUAAUGAAGACUGCAUAAUAAUUGCUUAUUAUUUAUGUUCACAUUGAUUCGAUAGAUUAUACAAAAAGGAGUACUGAUAAUGUUUGUACUUGGGCGUCUGGAUAAUGUACAGGUUGAGUUUUUCCCCUGGGAAUGCUAAAGCAAUGCAUUUGAAAUUGCUGACCUGCAUUGUGCAUGGUUAUGAAACCUUUUAAAUGGUUAUGCUUUUGAAGAAACAUGUUUUUUCAAAGAAAUCUAUUUUUUUAAAGUUAUGUAAUUCUGAAUUUACCUGA